UAUGUCGGUGCAGUAGUGCGGCAAGAGGACGAUCGAAUCUUGGUGCCUUGUUUUUGUGCAUUAAGUUGUAUUAAAUAAUUACGGACGAAAUGGCCGACGAGGUCUCCCAGAACGGCACAUCGGGACUAAGCGAUGAAGAAGUGCCGGAAAUCGAACUGAUAAUACGGGCUUCGACCAUCGACGGAAGGCGAAAGGGAGCAUGCCUGUUCUGCCAGGAGUACUUCAUGGAGUUGUACCUCCUAGCCGAACUUAAGACCAUCAGCCUCAAGGUCACAACUGUCGACAUGCAGAAGCCGCCGCCAGAUUUCCGCACCAACUUCGAGGCGACGCCGCCUCCCAUUCUGAUCGACCGUGGCAUGGCCAUACUCGAGAACGAGAAGAUCGAGAGGCACAUCAUGAAAACCGUGCCGGGCGGACACAAUCUUUUCGUACAGGAUAAAGAAGUAGCAACAUUAAUUGAAAACAUCUACACGAAAUUCAAAUCGUACGUUACAAAAUUUGUGUCUGAUGGCAAAGAAGACUCCACCCCGAACCCGCCUCUGUUGCACCACCUGGAGAGGAUAAACGACUUCCUGGCGAAGCGUGGCACACGAUUCCUAACCGGCGACACCAUGUCCUGUUUUGAUUGCGAGCUUAUGCCGCGUCUGCAGCACAUCCGCAUUGGCGCGAAGGCCUUCCGCAAAUUCGAGAUUCCGACCAGGCUGACCGCCCUUUGGAGAUACAUGUCGAACAUGUACGAGCUGGAGGCGUUCAGACAAAGUUGUCCGGCCGAUCAGGACAUCAUUAGUCAUAUUAAGAACCAGCUGGGCAUCAAGACGACAGCGAGAAUAGAGCUUGAGACGCCCGUGUUCACAACUUCCAUUCCUAUAUUGUCAGAAUCAUAACUAGUCAGCCUGUAUAGUGGAUAAAAAAGCUUUAGGUUUUGUUAAUAUUUUCUACAAUGAAGUAAAAAAUGAGAAUUUAACAUUUUUAUAAGCGAUUUUUUAACGAGACCAGUGCGUAACAAACAAUUUUUACUUUUAUUUAUUUCGCGUUAAUAUUGACGAGACUUUUAUAAUGUUUAGGUUUCAUGUCAUAAAAGGUACACAUUAAAUCUUUGUUUGUAAAUAUUUUUAGGAUUACAUCUAAGAAAAUAUUCUUAACCUGCUUUGUUUUCUUCUUAUAAUCGUUAAGUUACUUAAAAAUUGCAUUUGUAUUGGAAAUGAUUUUUAUUAUAGAAGCCCCUAUGUAUUUUUACGUAUUUUAAGGCUUAGAUGUUAAUCAAAACGUUGAUAUCUAAGAAAUAAAGGUGUAUAAAAUUUAA